CAUCGAUGAAUCUCAGAAACCACCAUCAUGGGCGCCUCUGACUCGAAGCUUGUCUUCAAGAAAGGCAUAUUUAAGCUCUCCGAAGAGCGAAAUAUUGCUGCUGAUGACCCCUACUGGACUUCUUUUUGGGAACUUCCUGAAAGCGCUGAAGAUGUCUUCAAUCUUUUUUCUCCAGCCGACGUCCGCCGGACCAGAGAUGACGCCAAAGAAAACCUAGAAACUCUAAUGGUGGUCACCGUCACACAGCUUUCCAUGCUACGGAACCAUCCAAGCUUUCCAGAUCCAGAAAUCGCUCCAGAACAAGACGCCCUCAACUGCGUGCGGGUCCUCACUCGAAUUCUACCAUAUUUAUACGAGUCCGACAGUUUGCAUGAAUGGGAAGAUAGGAUAUUUUGGGGUCCGCGAAAGAAGCUGACGAGGAAGGCUUCCAUAUCGCCACAUGUGCUGUUCGACGAUACCGAGGCGUCUCAGCCGCCGAACAAGGCAUUAUCCGAGGAUGAGAAAUACGAAGAUGCCAAACCACUUGCUGAAGAGUUGAUCGACACUCUCAUCGACCUUCUGUUCUUCGGCGGGUUCACGAUUCCGGCGACAGGCAAGAACAAGGUUUCAUACGCGAUAUGGCAGAGCGGGGUCGGUUGCAACACACCCGUUGGGACGAGCAAGGAGUUUGAAAGCAACCGCUGCGAGAUCUUGCGGCUGUUACUUACUUUGACAUCUAAGUCGAUGUAUAUGAGCGCAAACAUGCUGCCAGUGGUCGGAAUCAAAGCAAUUACAUAUAUCACAACUUGCGCUGACAAGCAGGUUGUCCUGUCAGUGCUUUGUUCUUUGCUCAACACUACCUUAAAAUAUAACCCGGCAAGUUGGACAGUUCCAUACAAUCACAUGGUCUUCAAAGAUCCCAAGCAGAUACUUGUCACCUACGCUAUCCAGUUUCUUCUUGUUGCAUUGGUUUAUCCCGUGCCUGAGGCUGGACUGUCGAACCUUCAAAAGAAUUACUAUCGCCAUUUCCUCGGGCGCCUCCAUAGACCUCAGGAUUUCCAGUUUAUGGUAGAUGGUAUGACGAGGAUAUUAAACCAGCCUAUCGUUGCAAACACCUCAUACCUGCCUGGAAGCCAUGCAUCAACCAAGUGCGCACCGGAAAUAAUCAUGUUGUUCUGGGAAAUCACUCAAUGCAACAAGCGGUUCCGGUCUUUUAUCAUCGAUACGGAUCGCUCACACGACUUUGUGAUAUUGUUAAUAUUCUACAUUGUCCAAUACAAGUUAGAUCCAGCGAAGCAAGGAGUAGUGAAGAUGUGCGCCUUCUUAUUACAGACCUUGAGCGUGGAGCCGAACUUCGGUACCAGCCUGAACAAGAAAUUCCUAGCUCAGGGUACAUUGCCGCAGAGUAUCAGGAUCCAAUCUUUCAAUGGAUCAUACUCGGAUUUUGUGAUACAGUCUAUCUACUCAAUUAUCACCACGAGUCAAGGCAAGCUAUCAGCGGUCUAUCCUGCGCUUUUAGCAGUCAUCGCGAACAUUUCAGGUUAUCUUGUUACCAUUAACGCCAUCACGACUUCGAAACUCCAGCAUUUAUUUGCAUCCAUGUCCGCGCCUUCAUUCCUCCUCGCAAACGAAAGUAACCAUGAACUCUUACAAUCGUUGCUAGAGUCGAUGAAUGCAAUUAUUGAGCACCAAUAUCAUAAAAAUCCAAGCUUCAUCUAUUCCAUUAUCCGGAACAGGAAACGCUUUCAAGCCUUACGGUCUUUCACGCUGGAAGGUGGGCAGGCCGAAAUUGAGCGGCAAAACCAGCGCCGCAAGGAGGCAAAUGAAAGCGGAGAUCCAACAAACGACGGCGAGUUACCUAGGUUUUCCAUGGACAGCAUUCAGAGCCCAACUACAGCUCAGCACCGUCGCCCCUCUCAGCAAAAUGUGCCCGAGGAAGAGAACACAUUUGCCAUCGGAGACGACGACGACGAUGACCCCGAGACCGACGAUGGCCAUGCUAUGACACCAUCAUACUCUACGCCCACUUACCAGCCCUCGCGUGCGUCAUCCAUAACAUCCGAUAUGGAUGACGCGGUCCCAACCCAGGUCCGCGGUAUGUCUGAAAAAGCCCGCGGCAAAAGACCAGCAGGCACUCCCACAUUCUCCCGCCAAAACAGCAUAACCAGCCUCGGCGGACCAACCCAAAACGCCAACGGCCAAUUCGAACCGUCCGCACAGUGGAUCGAGUCCUGGCUCCCAAUCCUACCGCUCCACACGAUCCUCAACAUCAUCGACCAAGUUACCCCGCUGCUCCCACGCACGGGCUCCGGUACAGAAGGAAGCACAUCCAUCCUGCGCAUCAUUCAAGACUCACAGCCGCACGGCAUCGAGCCCAGCGCCAUCCGCGUCCAGUCCUUCGAGUGGUCACCCCUGAGCCUGGGCUGGUACGAGUCCCUCCUAUGGAGCUUCGUGUACGUCAGCGAGAUGCAGGUCAGCAAGGGGACAGUAGGCGUAUGGAACGGGACGUCAAUGCGCCUCUUCCGCGUCCAGGAGACCGCAGCGCAAGGACCGAGUUUGGCGAGCCCGAGAGGCGCGGUUGAUGCCCUGGGGAGCAACAUCGUGUCGCGCAUCGGCAGCAUGAAUCUAGGGAGGGUAGGGCAGCUGGCGGUGGGAGGGACUACGGGGAAUGCACAGCAGGCGGGUAAUAACAGGGGAUCAUCGCAGGGCGGGGAUGGGAAUGGGGGCGAGGGCGGCGUCGCCUAGAAGUGCGGUGGUCUGAAGGGGUGAAUGAGGGGUUUAUUGUCUAUCUGUGCAGAGCUGGGUUUCCUUCAGUACCUGUCGUUUCAGCGCUGGCGUUCAUGGGAUGGGAAACCGAGGUGGACUGGGCGAGGAAGUACAUGAGCGGAACAUAAGUCGCAGUUAUGAGAUAAAUAAGUCAUGAUAGUAGCGUUUUGUGUUUCGAGUGGUGAAUCUGGUGCCGUAGACCCUACGGAGUACUUUCCGAGCUCUAUCUUCUG